CGGGGGCGGGGGGGCUGGAGGCUCUGCAGAUGGAAGCCACUGGAUUUCUACGGGCGUUCUUAUUUUCCUAGUGGGAGACGAUGGGAAGGCGGUGAAAUGUCGAAUUUAUAGCAGAUAUUCGUGUUGUGUUAGAUCGCUCCUCACACUCCGCUCGCGGGGGUGGUUCGCGUCGGCGUGCGGCGGGUCUUCAACGUUGAUUUAACGGUAUGCUGGUGUUAGGUGUAGAGAACGGGGAUUGACAAUAGCUAACGUUACGCCAUGGGUACCCUGGACGGGUAGCCCGCUAGUUCGCUAGCUAGCUGGCUAGCGUAGCUAGUUGUUGGUCUGAAUUGUUUGAUCUUGUGCAGCUAGGCAAUGGUAGACCAACGUUAGCUGGCUAGCAACUUGCUAGGUUAGCUAGUUAGCUAACAGCUAGGCUCCACGGGCCCUGUGUGUGAGACGGCUGUGCUGGUCUCCGUCGGCGGCGAGGUAAUGAAGUCAUCAUGUUGGCCAGAGCUGCUCUGCCUGGGGAGCCUGUGCUACCUGUAAUUCCCUCGGCUGGUUGACUGCUUCACUUUAGACCUUCCCGCCUGCCAAGCCAUGGUUAUGCUAGAUGUUGAGCCGAUCCCUAGUCUUGACGUUAACCUCAGCCACUGGACAUCGCUCUGCCACUGCAUGAUCCUCACAGCCUCUCUGAAAACUGCUGGCCCACAGUUCAGAUGGAUUGAUGCCUGAGAGCAGUUAUUGGCAGCUCUGCCCUUCCUCAAAGUCUGGCCUGCAGGGCGUGCUGAGCUCCAGCUUCCCCCCCGGCCCUGUGCCUCUUGGACCUUCUGCUGCCCACCUGCCGGAGGGGGACGCCCUGAAUCGUCCACUUGCCCCGAGCACCUCUGUGACGGACCUGUCUUUUCCCGGGCCACCCCCUCCCCCCCCGCCACCCCCCAAACGCCACUGUCGUUCGCUGUCUGUACCGGAGGACCUUUCACGCUGCCGGUACACCUGGCGGCCGAGUGCCUCCAAGGUCUGGACACCAGUGAACCGUCGAUGCCACAGUGGAGGGGGCGCGGGGGGGCCAUGUCCGCUGCGUGCCCCCAGUUCCUCUCUCAAUUCGUCUCUGCAUUCUUCCUCCAGCCCUACCUUCUUCAGCUUGGCCCUUUCCCCAGAUUCCCCGCUGCCUUGGAAUUUCCCCUGGGACCCGAGUGAAACCGCUGGAGGUGGUGCGUGUUGCUGCUUCUUCCCUUCACCCUCUUCAUGCUCUUCCUCACCUUCUCCUCUUCACCCUCCUCAUCCUCCACAGCGACGCUUCUCACUCUCCCCUGUGCUCAUCCGUGAAGCCGCGGCACACUUCCUUCCACCUCCCCCGGUGCCCCCGCAGCCAACGACCCAUCCUCCGGCGGUGCCCGCCUCGCCGUCGUCUGCGUGCAGCACUCCAUCCUCUCUGCGCCGAGCUCUUCCACCUCAACUUCCACGCUGUCACUCUCAGCCAUGCGACCUGCUCCUGCUCAAACCCGGUCUGAAGCGGCGCAGGGACCCGGACAGACCCUGUGCACGGCCUGUGCUAGACUUUGCAAAAAUGACACAGACCCGAAGCACAGAUCCCCUAAGUUGUUUGGAGCGUGGUAGGCUUGCCUGCGGAGGGGACGUCUGCAUGGGCCUUGAGCCUUUUUUCGGAGACUUCAGAGGGUCAUGCUCACCCGCUGAAGGCUUGGGAAGGACGAGUAUUGGACCACUGAGUGAAAGUGAUGAGGAGGAGGAGGAGGAGGAAGAGGACGAUGACGACGACAGAGAGGAGCCAGAGUCCGCUCGUGAUGCGGGACAACAAAGUGUUUUUGAGAGGGAUUGUACUGAAUUAGACAUUACCCUUAUUGAGGAGAAUUAAAACAUUGUCUGAAGGAUGCUAUUUUUCUCCCCUGCAUUGCCAGCGUUCAACACCUCUGUUCACCACCUGCUACCCUACUCUGGCAGGCCUCUCAGGAACACGGCUGCUCUCUCACGAGUCGUGCAGAUGUAAAAAAAGAAAAAAAGAAAAAAAAUGUACAAAAAAAUAUCUCAUUGACACAUUAAUGGAGACAUGUCGACUACUAUCAGUGAUUUACAGGUAAUGCAGUUGGUCAUGGAUGCUGACCCAAAAUCAUAUUACAUUCCACAAUCAGUUGCUAAGAAACUCUUAAGGAUGUGAAUAUUAGAUGGCUGGAGACGCCAGCUGGGAAUUUGGUAGCUGUUCUCUUAAAAAAAAAAAAAAAAAAAUCACUGGCAUAUAGAACUUGAGGGGAGCUGGUCUUUGGCUUCUUGCUGUCUUUCUUUUUCAUGUCUUUUUCUCUAAACAUGUUUUGUUAGUAAGAAUAGUCUUUUGUGGAUGAUAGUUAUGAAAUACCAGUGUUUUUGUUCAGUUUGAAAAAAAAAAGAAAAAAAAAAAGGUCAACAUAAGAGCUGUAAUUUACUCUUCGGACCUCUCUACUUCCUGAGAAAAGUCCAUCUGAUUCAGCAUAUAAGCCUUAAGAUGCCUUUUUUCUUUAUCGAAAGACUCUUGAAGGAAAAUAAUUGUGUAUCUGUUGUCCUUCUUACUGUUAUUUUUUGCUUUUUUUAAAAAAAGAAACCUUUUAACCUGUACAAUGCAUUCCUCGAAAUCUGAAAACAUUGAGUGGACAUCAAUUAAUGCACUGUAUUUGAGACAGAAAUGGAAUGAACGCAACCACUGUAUUCUGAAGGCACAUUGUAAUACUGAUUACAUUAUAUUGUACAGUGAGCAUUUGUUUAAAACAAAUUGAGUAUAAAGAUGGUAGUAUGAAGGGUGGAAGGUGUUUUUUCUGUCUUUUUUUCGUUGUAUGUGUAUUAAGGUUGCAGUUUAUGCAUAAAUAAAGUUUAUUUGAAAUUAUUUUACAGAGAAAGAAACACAUCAAGUGUCAAGUACUUCCCAAAACCAUAGAAGUGGGGUUUAUCCUCUGGUUGGAAGACAAUGCCGGUGGUACACAGUCACUGUGCUUACGGUGAAAUGAAAGGUUUUGUCCUUUGGCAGUUAUGUUUUGACAUAUAUUAACAUAUUUAAAAUGAUUUCAGUGGAUCUGUUUAUUCUCUUCAUAGGCUAUCCAUUUGUGCAAGUCACCUUGCCUCAACACCACUCAUUAAAGGUCUUGGAACCAGUGUAAAAAAG